UCUCCCCUUUCAAAUAUGUAAUUUUGAUCUUUAUAUUAUUAAAAAAAAAAAUACCCCAAACAUUUUAAUUUUCAUAAAAAAAACAAUAUUCAUAGAGUAGAGAGUACACUUGUCAAUAGAACCUAAGAAGAUAAAAACAACUCUGGUUGACUGUAGACAUAGCUGGUUUCCUUCCAACACUCACAUUCCUCGUAAUUCAUUCUCUUCUUCUUCCAUAAAUUCAUCACACUUUGUUCAACAAAUACAACUCAAUCCAUUUUCGUCAUUACCGUGACACACACAUCAACCAUCUUGUUGCCUUCUUGCGAAAACAAUGCAUCUAGAGCUUGAUGCUUUCACUGCUUUGGUUAUCAUUCUGUGUUUUCUUGGAUUGAUUCUCAAGGAGACAGUGAUGGGAGGUAAUAGUUCAAAAGGCUCUCACAAGAGACAUGUAACUUCACCAUCUUCAUCGUCAACGUAUGGGUCUGUUGGUUCUUCAUCUUCUUCGGAUAUUCAUAACUAUGGAUAUCCACAAUCGUCAUAUCCAUAUCCACAACCGCAACAUAAACCGUAUCAAAGACCUAAUCACCACCGUAAUUCAGAAACUCCUUUGCAUGAUUAUUCACGACCUAAUAGGAAGUUAGAUAGGAGGUAUUCAAGGAUUGCUGAUGAUUAUCAUUCUCUUGAUGAGGUUACUGCUGCUCUUUCACAUGCUGGCUUGGAAUCGUCGAAUCUAAUUGUUGGCAUUGAUUUCACGAAGAGCAACGAGUGGACAGGGAAGAGGUCAUUCAAUCGAAAAAGUUUACAUCACAUUGGAAAUGGUCAAAAUCCUUAUGAACAAGCAAUUGCGAUUAUCGGGAAAACUUUAACCUCUUUUGACGAGGAUAACAUGAUUCCAUGUUUUGGAUUUGGAGAUGCAUCAACACAUGAUCAAGACGUUUUCAGUUUCCAUUCGGAUGAGAGGUUCUGCAAUGGAUUUGAAGAAGUUUUAUCAAAAUAUAGAGAGAUUGUUCCAUGCCUCCGACUCGCAGGACCAACCUCAUUUGCCCCUAUUAUUGAAAUGGCCAUGACUAUUGUUGAGAAAAGUGGUGGCCAAUAUCAUGUCUUGCUUAUAAUAGCUGAUGGACAGGUGACUAGAAGCGUUGACACAGAAAACGGCAAGCUAAGUUCACAGGAAAAGAAGACAAUUGAUGCAAUAGUAAAAGCUAGCGAGUAUCCACUAUCGAUAGUGUUGGUCGGAGUUGGAGAUGGGCCAUGGGAUAUGAUGAGAGAGUUUGAUGAUAACAUUCCAGCUCGAGCCUUUGACAACUUUCAGUUUGUGAAUUUUACUGAAAUAAUGUCAAAGAAUGUGGAUUCAAACCGAAAAGAGACAGAGUUUGCUCUAGCAGCUUUGAUGGAGAUACCAUCUCAAUAUAAGGCAACCAUAGAUCACAACCUAUUGGGGAUACAGAGGGGACAUUCGCCAGACAGGGUUCCGUUACCUCCACCUCAAUAUGAUAGGGCUUCUUCUAGUAACGGUGCAGCAUCUUUCCGUUCAAACAGUUUUCAGCAGCGGUCAAACAGUUUUCAGCAGAGUACACAUACAUAUCCAAGCAACAACAAUGAAACGAACACAGAACCGUCUUCAUCUGGUUUAUAUGACAAUAAGGUUUGCCCGAUCUGUCUUACUAAUGCGAAGGAUAUGGCCUUUGGCUGCGGGCAUCAGACUUGUUGCGAAUGUGGAGAAAGCCUUGAACUCUGCCCUAUUUGCCGGAGUACAAUCGAUACCAGAAUAAAGCUUUACUGAGCUUCCAACCUCAGCGCCUGAUAAGGUUUCUUCCCUUGUUCUUGGACGUUGGACCUGGAUCCUCUGCAACCGGAUGCACCGAAAAGCCGAAGUGGAAGAUAUAUUUUGUUCUUGGACACAACUAUGUAACACACAAUUUUGAACCAAAAAAUAUGUAUGUAAGGUUAGGAAGAUUUGUUUACCAAAUGAACAGGUGUUGUCUCAUUGUAUGUAUGAAGUUUGUGUUGUCUGACAUGAAGGUUUGAUGUUUUGAAUUAAUUCAUUCAAAAUUGAUUUCUA